UGGACUGAGUUUUUGCACAGAAGAGAAAGCAGCAGGUAUGAGAAGCCCAGCUGUAGUUGUGUCUGUGGCUGUGCUGGCCCUGUGCUGCCUGCUGAUCCCCACACGAGUGGAAAGUGCCGGGGGGAUUCUUUCUUUGCAGCAGUCUGAAGGGGAGACGCAGGCAGGAGGUCUGUUGCCAGAUGAGUCCCUGGAUGACCCAGAAAAAGAAGAAGGACUGGCAGUGGGAAGCAGCAAAAAGGCCAAACGAGAAGCAGGAGAAGCUGCACUGCCAGGUAUUUUUGGCAGACUAAAGAGAGACACUGAGGAUGGCAAAAAGAAAAAGAAGGAUAAAAAGAAGAAGAAAGAACCAAAAGACCCAAAAGCCACCAAAAAACCCAAAGCUGAGAAGAAGGGAAAGAAAAACAAGGCUCGGCAGACAACCACAACUCUACCACCUACCACUACAACGAUCCCGACAGAACCGCCUACACAGACUGAACCAUACUACAACUAUCCUGAUGGUGAUGAUUACUGGAAACCAGACGAUUACUGGGAUGUUGAACCUACAACAGCCAAGCCCCAGCCUGAGACAAUCACAGACCCUGCAUACGACUACUGGAAACCAGAAGGAGAAGCUGUAACCAAUGUUUAUGAUGACUACUGGAAACCAGAGGAGACAGAUCCAGUUGCUCCUGUGACUGAUGCCUACGAUGACUACUGGAAACCAGAUGGAUCGGAUCCAAUCGCCCCUGUGACUGAUGCCUACGAUAACUACUGGAAACCAGAUGAGUCUGAUCCAGUUGUUCCUGUGACUGAUUCCUAUGAUGACUACUGGAAACCAGAUGAGACGGAUCCAGUCGUUCCUGUGACUGACAUAUACGACUACUGGAAACCAGACGAGGCAGAUGAAGUCACUCCAAUCACUGAUGAUUAUGACAAGUACUGGAAACCAAGUGAAAAAGACCCUUUCACUCCUGGAACUGAUAACUAUGACGCCUACUGGAAAGAAGAGGACCCAACACCUCUUGCCCCUGUGGUUGAUGGGAAGCCAGAUACAGAUGAUAGUGAAUACUGGGAUGCCACAUUUGAGGUGCCAGAGAACCUUCCAUUUCCUGAUGGCAAGGAAGUCAUCCCUGAAAUAAAAGUUGAAACUCUACCAGAAGAGCCCACGGAGACCACUCCUCCCUACGAGGGGACUUGGUACGAUGAUUAUGAUGAAUACGGCCUGAGGAGGAAAGAAGAUGAGACAGACAUGAAAUGGAUGGAGAAAGAAAGGGAGCGAGCAAAGAAGGAGAGAGAGAGGGAAGAGAGAGAGAGAGCUGAGAAACUGAAGGAGGCAGAAGAGCGAGCCAGGAGCAGAACCCGUGUCUAUAAAGAGCCAAAGAAAUGUCCUCCUCUGGGGAUGGAGUCCCACAAGAUCGACUCUGAUCAACUUUUAGCCUCAUCUAUGUCUCAGUACAGUUUUGCACCUCAGAGGGCACGCCUCAACAUGCAGGGCUUUGAAAGUGAGGACAGCACGAGAGGUGGAGCAUGGUGUGCCAAUUCAGAGGACAGGGACCACUGGUUUGAGAUCGAUGCACGCAGGGAGACGGAGUUUACUGGAGUCAUAACGCAGGGACGAGAUGCACUUAAUGAGAGCGACUUCGUGACAUCAUACUUCUUGGCUUUCAGCAAUGACACCAGAGAAUGGACCACCAUCCAUGACGGAUAUGCUGACUGGUUGUUCUUUGGGAACAAUGAUAAGGACACUCCAGUGAUGAACCAGCUGGCAGAGCCUGUUGUGGCUCGUUACAUCCGGAUCAUCCCUCAGAGCUGGAAUGGUUCCCUGUGUAUGAGGCUAGAGAUCCUAGGCUGCCCCAUACCUGACCCAGUCGAUGUUCAGUACAGACAAAAUGAAGUGAUUCCUGUUGAUUACUUGCAGUUCAAACAUCACAGCUACUCAGAAAUGGUUGCACUAAUGAAGUCUGUAAAUGAUGAGUGUCCCAACAUCACCAACAUCUACAGCUUGGGCCGCAGCUCAAAGGGACGAGAAAUUAUGGCUAUGGUCAUUUCUGGUAACCCAACAGAACACGAAGUAGGUGAGCCAGAAUUUCGCUUCACAGCAGGCCUUCAUGGAAAUGAGGCAGUGGGCCGGGAGAUGAUCCUGCUUCUGAUGCAGUACCUGUGCAAAGAGUACAAAGACAGAAACCCCAGAGCCCAGCGUUUGGUGGAUGGAAUACGCAUCCACCUGGUGCCAUCGCUCAAUCCAGAUGGGCAUGAGAUUGCUUUUGAAACAGGGUCAGAGCUGAGCAGCUGGACCACUGGACACUUUACUGAGGAAGGCUAUGACAUCUUCCAGAACUUCCCAGACCUAAACAGUAUCCUCUGGGAUGCUGAAGACAAGGGAAUGGUGCCCAAAGUGACCCCAAAUCACCACAUACCCAUACCAGAAAACUUUGAGUCCAAUGGUUUGGUUGCUGUGGAAACCAGGGCCAUAAUGUCUUGGAUGCAGAACCAUCCAUUUGUGUUGGGUGCAAACUUCCAAGGUGGCGAGGCUCUUGUGGCCUACCCCUAUGAUAGUCUUCGUCUCAACAAGGCACCUGAGAUUCAGAAGCCCCACAGCCGCAAGAAGAGACAGUACGAGGAAGAGGGUUUUGACGUGGUUGAAUGGGCAAGAGGCUACCAGGAGGAACCAGAGGAAGACUGGCAAAGCAGAGGAUACGCGGAAGCAGAAGAUAACUGGCAGAGGCGUGGCUACGACCACAACCAGGGUUAUGGCUAUGACCACGGUCAGGGGUAUGACUAUGAUCAUGCCCAUGGCAGUGACCACGGCUAUGGCCAUGGCAGUGACCACGGCUAUGGCCACGACAGUGACCAUGGCUAUGGCUAUGACCAGGACCAUGGCUACGGCCAUAGAGAGGCAGUUGAGGAGGAUGAUGGAGGAAGAGGCGCUGGCUACCAGUAUGCUGAGCCGGAUGAUGAGCCACGGGUGACUGCUGAUGAGUCGCUCUUCAGGUGGUUGGCCGUCUCUUAUGCCUCAACCCACUUGUCCAUGACGCAUAACUAUCGUGGAUCCUGUCACGGAGACAGUGCUGCAGGGGGGCAUGGGAUUGUUAACCGUGCCAAAUGGAACCCAGUCACAGGCAGUAUGAAUGAUUUCAGCUACCUGCGCACCAACUGCCUUGAGUUGUCCAUAUUCCUGGGCUGUGAUAAGUUCCCUCAUGAGAGUGAGUUGGCGCAUGAGUGGGAAAAGAACAGAGAAGCUAUGCUCAUCUUCAUGGAGCAGGUAAAUCGUGGCAUCAGGGGCAUCGUGAAGGACCAGCAGGGAAACCCCAUCGCAAAUGCUACCGUGUCUGUGGAGGGGGUAAACCAUGACGUAACUACAGCUCCAACAGGAGAUUACUGGAGACUGCUCAACCCGGGAGAGUACCGUGUGACUGUGCGAGCAGAGGGCUUCUCCCCUUUGACCAAACUCUGUGUGGUGGGUUAUGAGUCCGGGGCCACCGCCUGUAGCUUCAACCUUGCCAAGUCCAAUUGGGACCGUAUUAAACAGAUCAUGGCCCUACAUGGCAACAAGCCUAUUCGCCUGCUCAGCCACGGCAACAGCAGGACCCAUCAGUCCUCUGUUGAUACCGGUGACAGCAAAAGGCGCGUAAAUGUUGGCAACAACGGGUACUCAGGGGAUCCACAAGUCCGCCGUGAGCGGCUACGGAGGCUCAGGAUAGCGCGUCUCAGGCGACUACGGCAACAGAGAUUAAUGAGGUCAACGACGACGUUACCCCCUACAACCACAGUUCCCACAACAAUAGAGAGCACAACAUCCUGGUACGACUCGUGGUAUAUAGGAGAGGGACAGACUUCAACUCCUGGUGGAUUCACAGACUCCAUCCUGGAUUACACCUACAACAUUGAUGAUUAUUAAAAACACCCAGAGAGUGUUCCAUUCAACUUUCAACAUACACCCUCGGCUCGUCUUGUUAACUCCCAGAAAAUGGCCUUGUAUAAACAUACUGUAGCCAUCAAUUAACAUUUAAAUGCCUGUUCAGUUUGACACAUUUAUGUCAUUAAUGGUAUCAUUUGUUGUACUUGUUAUCCAGUGUUUUAUAUGAAUACUUGUUACUUCAUGAACUUUUUUUACUGAUACAUAUUUAAUAUCAUGGCUUAUUGUCAGUUUAUUUACAUUGUUUUCAUCCAUAACAGAAUUCUUAGUGUGGUCAAAAAAAAAAAAAAAAAAUUGGAACACUGCAUUUGUUCAAAGUUUGCAACAAGUAAUUCAGAGGCAUAACUUAUAUUUCCUCAGAGAUAGUGAACUAUUUUUAAAAUAAAGGCUUGUUAACACA